AGAGGCCUUGUAUUUAUUAAAGGAGAGGUAAGUUAGGUAACAUAACAUAAAGAAGACACAAAAAACUUGAUCAGAAAAUUAGAAGGAAAAAAAAAAGCAAAUGGUUUCUUCUUCUUCUUCCUCUUCAGCUCCAUCUUUGCAGGUGAAAAUUCCGGCGACCGGAGAAGGAAAACUGACGAUAAACGUGAAGUCGCCGACGUCGGAGAUGUAUGCAGAGGUGAAACAAGCAGAUAAAGUAAAAGAUUUGGAAAAAGUGAUUAAAAAAGCAUGGGGAGAUGAUUAUUUGGCUCUUUAUUACAAAUCAAUUAAAAUGAAAAGUGAUCAGCCUUUAUCUUUUUAUAAUUUAAGAGAUGGUUCUAUUGUUAGAGUUUCUCUUCUUGCUGAACCUCCUCAAGAAUCUAAAUCUUCACGUGAAACCAAAAUACGUGCCAAAUUGCAAUUAGAAAAGAGGAGGAGCAGCAGCAGCUCUAAUGGUGGAAAUGGAUGUGGCAACGUUGUGUUUCAUAUGGCUAAGAUGUUAUCUCAAUUCUGCUCUUCCAUUUUCCCCACCCAUUAAUUACUACAAUUGAUUGAGGAAGAUGGUUUAUAGUAGUAAUAAACUUAGUUCCUGUACGAAAUAUGAGUUAGGAAAAUGGGGCGCCCUUUCCUUAAGAAGUUGACGACUUUAAUUUUAAGGCGUCAAAAAAAUCGAGCUAAUAUGUCAUCGUUAAAGUUGACAUAGCUGAAUAAAUACUAUCGAUAAAUUGAAACACACUGAAUUUUUAGGUGAGCUUUUUCAAGUUCUUCA